AGGCAAGAUCAAGGAAUAUUUCAGUUCCAUCUGCCGUGCAUUGGGGGAUUUUGAUUCGAUGUGAUUGAAUCUCACUCUCACAUCCAGCACCCCCUCCUCCCUCUCUCUCUCUCUCUCUCAAUCUCUCUCCAACAAGGAUGCCCAGAGUUUUACCUCUCAGUCUCCCUGGGAUCUUGCCAGUCUUGUGUUGCCUCGCAUCUCUCCCGAUCCUCGCCCACCUCUCGGUCGACACUCGAAUGGGAGAGCGGAAAGCGGCGGGGAGAGGGGCCAGGGGUCAGCCGAGAGACACCAGGACGCUGAUCCUGCUGGAUGUGAACAUCAGGAGCUCGGUUCGGACCGUGAGCGAGAACUUUCUGUCAAUCCAAAUAGAUCCCGCUGUGGUGCAUAAUGGUUGGAUCGACUUCCUAAGCUCCAAAAGGCUGGUAACGUUGGCACGAGGUUUGGCUCCUGCCUUCCUCUGGUUCGGUGGCAAAAGGACAGAUUUUCUCCAGUUCCAGAAUCACCGGAAUCUGGCGAAGCACAGGGGAGAACUGGGGCCAGAUUACUACCUUAAAAACUACGAAGACGACAUUGUCCGGAGUGACAUCGCUUUGGACAAGCAGAAAGGCUGUAAGAUCGCCCAACACCCGGAUAUCAUGCUGGAGUUACAGAGGGAGAAGGCGUCGCAUGUGCAGAUGGCUCUGACUAAAGAACAAUUUUCCAACACCUACAGCAACAUCACAUUAACAGCCAGGUCUCUAGACAAACUGUACAACUUUGUCGAGUGCUCCGGCUUGCACCUGAUUCUCGGCCUGAAUGCCUUGCUGAGGAACCCCGACAACUCCUGGAACGGUUCCAGUGGCCUGAGUCUCCUCAAGUACUGUGCAGGCAAGAAGUACAACAUCUCCUGGGAGCUUGGAAACGAGCCCAACAGCUACCGGACCAUGGUGGGAAGGACCAUUAAUGGCAGCCAGCUGGGGAAGGACUACAUCCAGCUCAAGAACUUGCUUCAGUCUGUCCGGUUCUACACAAAAGCCAGUCUGUACGGCCCGAACAUUGGCAGGCCCCGCAGGAACACUGCAGCCUUGCUGGACGGGUUCAUGAGGACAGCAGGGACAGUGGUCAGUGCAGUAACAUGGCAACAUUACUACAUUGAUGACCAAACAGCAAAUGUGGCUGAUUUUAUGAAAACCCGCUUGCUGGACACUCUGUCGGAUCAGAUUACCAAGGUACACAGGGUGGUGAACUCUCAUGCACCAGGGAAGAAGGUGUGGCUUGGGGGAGUAGGGCCAGCAUGGGCUGGAGGAACUACCAACCUUUCGGACACGUACGCAGCAGGGUUUCUGUGGUUAAAUACUUUGGGAAUGUCAGCCAAGCAGGGGAUAGAUGUGGUGAUUCGUAAUUCCUUCUUUGACCAUGGAUAUAAUCACCUUGUGGAUCAGAACUUCAACCCCCUACCGGACUAUUGGCUUUCGCUGCUUUACAAGCGACUGGUGGGAACCAAAGUCCUCACUGUUCAAGUGGCAGGGCUGCAGAGGAAACCCAGGCCUGGGCGAGUGAUACGGGACAAACUGAGAAUCUACGCCCAUUGCACCCACAUCCGCAAUCACAAUUACCUGCGGGGAUCCAUUACCAUUUACAUCAUCAACCUCCACAGAUCAAGAAAGAAAAUAAAGCUGGCUGGAACGCUGAGGGACAAGACAGUUCACCAGUACCUGUUCCAACCGUACGGAGUUCAGGGCUUGCAAGCAAAGUCUGUGCAGCUGAAUGGACGACCGCUAGUAAUGAUAGACGAUGAAACCUUUCCCGAACUAAGACCACGAACACUCCGCGCUGGAAGAAUUGUGGUGGUUCCUCCUCUCUCCAUCGGAUUCUAUGUGGUGAAGAAUGCCAACGCCCCAUCUUGCAAAUUCCGAUAGCCAAGAUGCCCGGACACCAACUACCUGCCACCUGGUCUUGAGCAUUAAUGUAAAACAGAAACAGCUGGCCAUUUCCGUUCCUGUCUGAAACCCCUCUGACAACAGGGCCUCAAAACCCCCUGACAGGUCAAAAUGUGACGUCCCUCUCCUACACCCCUCCUCACCUCCACCCCCACCUCGCUCCAUGACCCCAGUCUUGUUUGACACCUUGUUAUCUGCUUCAGGUAGCAGCUCAGAUGCUGCAGCAGUUGUAAUCGUCUUCAAUGAAUGACCUUUCCUUCAAAUAAAACAGCACCAUCCUCCAGCAUGUUUAGUGCUCUGACAACAUGUGAAACCCGAGCUGCCUUAUACAAUGCCUCAGACACCUUCUGAACAGCAGAGUUAUUUUUCUAGUCAAAUAAGGUAAAUCAGACUCAGAAUAUCCUUGGCAGCCUCUUCAAAACUUCCAAUUAGCCACUUUUCUAUUGUCAGUCUGUUCUGUGUAAGCGGAAGAGAAUGCGUUUGCAAACUAACCUUUUCCUCAGCUUCCCUGAAGUUUCAGUGGGUCAGUUUGCACUUUUACCGUCUGUAACUGGGCUGCCCUUGCAUGGAUCACUCCCAGUUUAUCUGUGCUGAUUUAGCUCAUCGUCCGCUCAUCUGCUGCUAGGCAGCUACUCCGACCAGUCGCAGUGCCCCUUAGUUUGGAAGGUGUGGGAGUUAGAAGAGAGGGCAGUGUUGAGCAAAUCAGCCACAGUACCCAUAUUCAUUAGCACUGCUGGAGAGUUACGCGCAUCAGUGACAACUGAUUCAGGCAUGUUCACAAUGUCAUCCAUGGCACAUGCCAUCUGGGUGAAGUGGGUGACGAGUCAUUGAGGUGUCCCAUCCAUGAGUUAGGUAGCAUUGUCUGGAAAAGCACGGACGUCACAUGACAGCAGAUUAUGGUCCAACAGGUUCAUUUGAAAUCCAAGCUUACGGAGCCUGGCAAAGGAUCAGCGCACCGAAAGCUUGUGAUUUCAAAUAAACCUGUUGCACUAUAACCUGUAUGACUGCUGGCCUUGUCCACCCCAGUCCGACACUGGCACCUCCAUAUUAUAGAAAAGCAAAGAGAGAAUUGCCAGGGAUAAGAAACCCAACUAAGCAAUGUGCUUCUCUCAUUCGUAACCUCCGUAUGGUUUGCUAGAGGCUGUUUGUGGUACGGGAUUAUUCUCAUUGCGUUGAGCAUUGGCACAAGUCCCAAAUAAGUAUCCAAUUGCUGUUUUCUUCCUUUCUUCUGGAUGUCACUGAAUGAUACAAUCGCAGAAAAGGCCCAUUGUGUGUCUGUCUGGUUGUGGAUACAGCCUGACCAGUGAGUCUCACUGACCUGCACUUUCCCCCAUAGCCUGACAAUUCUUCCUUUUCUUUCUGUGAAGUGUUUGUACAGUUCAAAGUAGAACAGCCAUUGAGAAUUCCACCCCCAUCACUCUCCUGUAUUGAUCUGUCCUUGUGAUAAAAUUAACUUCACUUCCCGUAGAACACCCCUGCAUUGAAAGAUUCCAGCAAACAAGCAGAAUCUCGAUACAUUGCCUGUGAAUUUAUCAAUUCGAAAGGCAAUUUCCAUUCUUUAGUGGGGGGUGUGGGGGAAAAUACUUAAAUAGCUUUCACCUCUUCUAUUUUGAAAAAGAAUUCUGUACCCUUGCAUCCAUGAGGUGUUUACUGUAAGGAAUGUGCCUUCUGUGGUGAAUUUGAAAACUACAUUAGUUGAAGAAUUUGCACAGACCCACAAGGGAAUCUGUGACUGAACUUUCGAGAGAGGUAAGUUGCGAUACAAAUGGCCUGGGAGAGACACAAGGCUAGACCAAAAACAGUGGGAGGAGCUGCAAAGGUUGGAGUUACUUUUCUCAUUCCUUUUUGAAGUGAAUAACUCAUUCACAGAAUGUUUAUGGCGAGAUUGCUGUGGGAGUCUGUCCAUCCCAUGGCAUCCCCCUUCCUUUCAUCCCAUCCCAACUCCCAUUCCACGUCUCCCAUGCCUUCCACCUGCUCCCCCAUCCACAACACACGUGCGACUGAACCCUUACCUGAAAUGAGGAACCAUCUAGUAUUAAUGGACAGUUCCAAACAAAAGAUGGAUCAGUGAAGGGUCAACUGAUUCCUCAAUAGUCCCUUUGGUAGAGAAACUUAAUCAACUGAAGGACAGAAAGUGAUGGAUAUACCUGAUAAAACUGUUCAUCGUCAGGAUGAAACAUUAGAACUUGUCUCAUCCCAAUCUUUAUGAAUCUAUAUAAGCUCCACAGUUGAUAGUCCAGCGCACCAUAUCCCACAAAUGUCUACCCAUUAGCCCCAUAAUCUUGCCUUAUAUUCCUUUGCAUUUUAACAUUAUGCAUUAGUGACACACAGCUAACCACAUAAAAUGUCAUGUUAAAUUGUCCAACAGUACUAUGUAAUUAGCAGUACCAGAAACAGAAGAUAUUAACAACACUUAAUAUAUUUGAUGUCUCGCUUAUGA